AAAUGGCUACUGAGUUUGCUACCCAGUCUUUCAAAGACAUGCCAGGUGCCAUGGACAAGCUGAAAAUUGAAGCGGUGGAAGUAAGAGAAUCCCGAAUCAAUUGGCAGAGCUAUUACCAAGGUCAAAUGAUCAGCAAAGAAGACUUUGAGUUUAUCCAACAGUUCGAUUUGGCGCCUAGACACCGUAAAUGCGAAUUAUUAGAUACCAAAGGACCCGAGUGCGUGAAAUCAAUCCUGACAUUGCUUCGCCAUAUUCCGAAAGAUCAGAAUCUGCGAUACAUUUUGACAAUUGUCGAUGAUCUGCUGGAGGAAGACAACUCGCGGGUAGAAUUAUUCGUGCAGCAUUCGAAGAAGGGAGGCUCUAGUCUGAGUUGUUUUCUCCCCUUUCUACUCAGACCGGAUGCCUUUAUUGCUCAUCAGGCGGCUAGAAUUUUGGCUACGAUCUGUGUUAACGCAGUAGACCAGAUGGAGGAACAGGAUCUGGAUUAUUAUUUCACAUGGUUUAUUACGCAACUUGGAACAAACGGAAACGAAUACCUCCAAAACGUUGCAAGAUGUCUGAUGAAGUUACUAAGUGUAGAAGCUUAUAGACAGCGACUGGUUAACACGAAGGAAGCUGUAGGAGUAAUCAUUAGAGCUCUUGGGAAAAAGAUCGGAUUCCAGUUGCAGUACCAGCUCAUUAACUGUCUCUGGCUGCUGUCGUUCAGUCAGAAUAUAGUGGAGACUACUUUGGUACAGUACAAUCCCAUACCCGUGUUGGGUUCCAUUCUCAGCGAGGCUAUCAAAGACAAAGUUAUCAGGAUCACUGUCGCAUUUUUCAGAAAUUUGAUCGAAGUGCCCCAAGACAAAGACGUAGUGGCCCAAUUUGUUCUCUCCAUGAUCCAGUGCAAAGUGCCCAAAUCGAUCGACCUUCUCAGCAACAAAGACUUCGAUGACCCCGAACUGGCAGAGGACGUCAAAGUGAUCACUAAGAAACUUGAAGAGAGCAUGCUUCAGAUCAGCAGUUUCGAUGAGUACGCGCAGGAGGUCAGAUCCAACCGACUGGAAUGGAGUCCAGUGCACAAGAGUGACAAGUUUUGGCGAGAGAAUGCACCGAGGCUGAACGAGAAUAACUAUGAGCUGCUGAGGAUUCUGACCAGUUUGUUGGAUUUGCAGAAUGACCCACUGGUGCUGUCAGUUGCUGCGCAUGAUAUCGGGGAGUAUGUGCGCUACUUCCCAAGAGGCAGAAAGGUGCUGGAGACGUUGGACUGUAAAACGAAGGUGAUGAUGUUGAUGCAACACCAGGACUCUGCCGUGAAAUACAAUGCACUUCUAGCCACCCAGAAGAUCAUGGUCGACAAUUGGGAAUACAUGGAUCGAAUGUCUGACAAAUCCAGUGCCGGAUCAGCCCAGACAGCCAAAGCCUACUAGAAGUGACGAAAAAAGUAGAAAGACUUACCAGAGAAUUAAAGAGAACAAGAAAUGUAUCCACUCAACUAUUUCAAGCACCCAAGAUCAUGAAAACAGAAUAGUCUCAAACUGUUUUUCCUAUUUUACUCUUGCGCUAGUUAAAAUUAAAUUUGAUCUUGUAUCCCAGAAUUGUCUCGGCUCCAAGUACAGCUAACUGAAAAUGUUCGGAGAACACCCUUUUUGCAGGUCGUGCAAGAAAAAACAAAGAUCAUUGGCCAUUAUCACUAUCUACUGUUGAAGGUAUUGAUGAUAAUAUAGUUAGCUAGCUUGAUCUCAAGAAUUUUUUUGUUAUAGUUUGACGAAAAGCUGAUGUAUCGGUGCUGUCUACUCUAAUUAUUUUCAUAGUUUUAAAACUUUAAUUUAUUGGAAUACAAUCAAUUUAGCAGACAGAAAUGUCAGAUAAUAUCUGUAAAUACAGUUAGAGAUGAAAAUGUAUGUUUCCGCAAUGUUAUCUUAAUGAAAAUAAAUUAUGUAAUCGCAUGGAAAGAGAAUAUAUUUCGAAUAUAUUCUACGCCUCUCUCUCAUGUCAAAUGGAGGACAAUCUUGCGCUGCAUUCAUGAGACCACGAUAGAGAAAUUUGUCAAUGAGAAAAAAGACACAAAUCCACUCAGGCAUAUGAAAAUCUUUCUGAUAGCUUUUAGAGUUACCACUGUUGCC